AUCCAUUUUGGAAACGUUAUGUGAACCCAACCCCUUAACGUCACGGUGACUGGUUUACUUCCGGGUAUCUUAGCUAGUUGUCGCUCAGUCACCAUGGCGAGCGCGCCCGGUGCCGGUGGUUUAAGUGCUGUGCGGGAAACUAUGGAUGUUCUGCUAGAAAUUUCACGAUUAUUGAAUACUGGUCUGGAUAUGGAAACUCUGUCAAUUUGUGUGAGACUUUGCGAACAGGGAAUAAAUCCUGAGGCUUUGUCUUCAGUUAUAAAAGAAUUAAGAAGGGCAACAGAAGCUUUAAAGACUGCAGAAAAUACAUCGAGUUAAUGGAGCUACGGGAGGGUCUGAAGCAACUUUACAACACUGUCAAUUCAGAUUAACAACAGAUGGAUAGUACAGUGGGAUUGUCUGCCAGAUCUGUUUUGUUUUUUUUAUGUUUAUUUAUAUUUAGCUGUUGAAGUUACACAACUGAAUUGCCAAUAUGUUGUUGGACUGACACUUAUUAAACAUGGAUAAUGGAGGAUAUGUUAAGUGAAACAUUUUUCACUAAAAAGCAUUUCAAAUUCGAAUCCUGUAAAUACAUAAUGUAUUAUGUUUGUUUUUUUUCUUUAUAUCUGACAUUUCAUGAUAUAAUUUAUUUGUAAAUGUCCCUCUAAUGCUCACAUCAGAUUAUUUGUUUAUAUUCUAAACGUAAAAGGGACAUUUAAAGCCAAAAUUUUUCUUUCAUGAUUCAGAUAGAGAAUACAAUUUAACAACUUUCUAAUUUGCUUAAUUCUCUUGAUAUUCUUUCCUGAAAAGCAUAUCUAGAUAGGCUCAGUAGCUGUUGAUUGGAGGCUGCACAAAAAUGUCUUGUGUGAUUAGCUGACCCAUGUGCAUUGCUAUUUCUGUAACAAAGGAUAUCUAAAGAAAGGAGCAAAUUUAGAUAAGUAAUUUUUGGAAUGUUUAAAAUUGUAUUUUCUGUCUGAAUCAUGAAAGAAAAUGUUUGUUUAAUGUCCCUUUUAAUUUUGUUUAACCCUGCUAAGCCAUUUCCCACCUGUGUGCUAAGCUGGUUUCAAGCUUUUUGUUGAAGUUUACGUUUAAACACUAUUAGAAGUUUGUGUGAAUAAACUAUACAAACUAUA